GCCGGGCCGGGCUGUGCGGGUACGCGGCCAUGGCCCCGUGGCUGCAGCUGUGCUCCGUCUUCUUCACUGUCAACGCGUGCCUCAACGGCUCGCAGCUGGCCGUGGCGGCGGGCGGCUCGGGUCGCGCGAGGGGCGCCGACACCUGCGGCUGGAGGGGAGUGGGGUCUGCCAGCAGAAACAGUGGGCUGCACAACAUCACCUUCAGAUAUGACAACUGUACUACCUACAUGAAUCCAGUGGGGAAGCAUGUGAUUGCUGAUGCCCAGAACAUCACAAUCAGCCAGUACGCUUGCCACGACCAAGUGGCAGUCACCAUUCUUUGGUCCCCAGGGGCCCUAGGCAUCGAAUUCCUAAAAGGAUUUCGAGUAAUACUGGAGGAGCUGAAGUCUGAAGGAAGACAGUGCCAACAACUGAUUCUAAAGGACCCCAAGCAGCUGGAUAGUAGCUUAAAAAGAACUGGAAUGGAAUCUCAACCUUUUCUCAACAUGAAAUUUGAAACGGAUUACUUUGUAAAGAUUGUCCCUUUCCCUUCCAUCAAAAAUGAAAGCAAUUAUCACCCCUUCUUCUUCAGGACCAGAGCCUGUGAGCUAUUGUUACAACCAGACAACCUGGCCUGUAAACCCUUCUGGAAGCCUCGGAACCUGAACAUCACCCAGCAUGGUUCAGAUAUGCAGGUGUCCUUCGACCAUGCUCCACACAGCUUUGGCUUUCAUUUCUUCUACCUUCAUUACAAGCUCAAGCAUGAAGGACCUUUCAGGAGAAAGACUUGUAAGCAGGAACAAAACACUGAAACAACCAGCUGCCUCCUUCAAAACAUUUCUCCUGGGGAUUAUAUAAUGGAGCUGGUGGAUGAUACAAAUAUAACAAGAAAAGUGAUGCAUUAUGCCUUAAAACCAGUGCAUUCCCCAUGGGCUGGGCCCAUCAGAGCAGUGGCCAUCACUGUGCCACUGGUGGUCAUAUCUGCAUUUGCAACGCUCUUCACUGUGAUGUGCCGCAAGAAGCAACAAGAAAAUAUAUACUCACACUUAGAUGAAGAGAGCUCUGAGUCCUCCACAUACACUGCAGCACUCCCCAGGGAGAGGCUUCGGCCACGGCCCAAGGUCUUCCUCUGCUACUCCAGCAAAGAUGGCCAGAAUCACGUGAACGUCAUCCAGUGCUUCGCCUACUUUCUCCAGGACUUCUGUGGCUGUGAGGUGGCUCUGGACCUUUGGGAAGACUUCAGCCUUUGUAGGGAAGGGCAGAAAGAAUGGGUCCUUCAGAAGAUCCACGAGUCCCAGUUCAUCAUUGUGGUGUGUUCCAAAGGCAUGAAGUACUUUGUGGACAAGAGAAACUACAAACACAGAGGAAGCAGCCGAAGCUCGGGGAAAGGGGAGCUCUUCCUGGUGGCCAUGUCCGCUAUUGUGGAAAAGCUCCACCAGGCCAAGCAGAGUCCGGCCACAGCGCUCAGCAAAGUCAUCGCUGUCUACUUUGAUUACUCCUGUGAAGGGGAUGUCCCCUGCGCCCUGGACCCGAGCUCCAAGUACAAACUCAUGGACAACCUUCCCCAGCUCUGCUCCCACCUGCACUCCGCAGAUCCCCGCCGCCGCCCGGAGCCGGGCUCCCAGCCAGGGCACGGAAGUAGAAGGAACUACUUCCGGAGCAAGUCAGGCCGCUCUCUGUACGUUGCCAUUUGCAACAUGCACCGGUUUAUGGAUGAGGAGCCUGACUGGUUCGAGAAGCAGCUAGUACCCCUCCCUCUUCCGCCGCUGUGCCGCCGGGAGCCAGUUCUGGAGAAGUUUGACUCGGGCCUAGUUCUAAAUGAUGUCGUCUUCAGACCUGGACGGGAGAGCGAUUUCGGCUUGAAGGCCAAGGUGGCUGCCCCGGGGGCCGCUGCGCCCGCGGGCCCGGAGAGCCAGGCCACGGGCCUGGACGGGGCCGCCGAGGCCGGGGCCGCCUGCCAUGGCGGCUGUGCCCUCUCACCCCUGCUGCAUGCUGUGAAGGCCGGCAGCACCUCGGACAUGCCACGGGACUCGGGCAUCUAUGACUCCUCCGUGCCCUCGUCUGAGCUGUCUCUGCCUCUAAUGGAGGGACUCUCUUCAGACCAGACGGAGACGUCUUCCCUGACUGAGAGCGUGUCCUCCUCCUCAGGCCUGGGUGAGGAAGAUCCUCCUACUCUUCCUUCCAAGCUUCUUACCCCUGGGGUAUGCAAAGCAGAACUUGGUUGCUACAGCUACACUGAUGAACUCCACACAGUUGCUCCAUUGUAAUGAAGUGGAAGAGUCUAAGCAUUGCCACUUUAGCUGCUGCCCUCUCUCUGCUUCCCCAGCUCAUCUCUGUGGUUGCAUGGCCUAUUUGGAGUGGAGGGCUCAUACAAGGAUAUUCUGGCCAGUACUUGCUCCCCUCUGCCCUACUCUUCUACCACAUAUCUUGAAAAAGGCUUCAUACAGAGCUCUGAAAAUCAUGUCUAUAAAUAAGAUCUGACAACAACUUAAUAUGUUAAGUCAGUUUUUGGAUCAAAGCCUAUUCUAGGAGGUAGCGAGGAAGGUAAAGAGAAACAGGAAGGUACUUGUAUGGAUCAUUCCAACUUCAUCGAGCUCUGCAAAUUUUGCAAUACUUUUAACGUCAUUACAGCAUCAGAAAUCAAGAGCUAGUCUGCUGGAAUCUGUCUUAUUGAAGACGAUAUUCCCAUUUGGUUUUAAUGUGGAAGCUACAGUGCCAUGAAUCAAGAGCCAAAAAGUAACAAUAUCCACUCACUUCUAUAAUAUCCAGAAUAUAUUACUAGGUGACAUGACUAGUCAAGAUCUGGAUUUCGUGAUCAUUCCACUUGAAAUGGGUUUGCCAACCUGCAGAAGAUGCCAGAACCUCUCAGCUAGACUUGAGUAGCCAUUAUAUGGAGCUGCCUACCAAGUUUUGCUGGGUUAUAUUUACUGUGUUGUAGCUCUUAUGAUAGUGUCUAGAAAUUUAAGAAACUUGCUCAGCUGGGCUAUUUUCUUGGAUGUUAUAAAACAGGCUUCAGCUGGCCUUCUAGAAGCUGUGUCAUGAGCAUUAGGGAUAAAUUCACUGAAAUAACUGUGGGGAGGUGGUGGCCAGUUAGUCUGCUGACUGUUUUUGACCAAUGACAAACCUCUUUUUAAGAAGGUAGAAAAGAGGGGACUGUCAAAAAAGUAAGUGUUCUACUUUUUGUUGUUGGUUGUGGAGCUUGAACUCAG